UAUCAGAUAAAGACGUAGUUGCUGUUGCAGUACUAUAAUCAUCAGUGUUGCUAAUCUUUGGGCUAAUCCACUAGACUACAUGAACACACACCAACACACAAACAGCACAUAAUCCAUAAAUGACUGAACGGACGGACUUAGAAACAGGGAGUUAGCCCUGUGUAGUGUGACUCAUUGACCUGCUGUUUGUCUGUUUGUCCGCUCUGAUCAUCCCGUUAUCUCCCACACAAUUAACAUUCACGUCAUUAGGAGGAGCAGGUGACCUCACCUCAGUGACCUGUCGAGCCUAAACACUAUUUUGAAGGACCGUUACAUUGAACCCAGACGAGAUGUCGUGUUUGUACCUGCAGGAGAGGCCACAGUCGGCCAGCUGGCUGCUCUGUUUGUGUUGUUAUGUCUGACGGGUACUCAGCCGCGCAUGUGUGUGUGUGUCUAAGUGUGUGUGCAUGUGUUGGUCAGUCAGUGAAGUUAGGAUUAGCUUGGUCCCAUGACAUAACCACGGCUAAGAGGAUUGUUGUCCAGCCAAACAGCUCCUCCUCCUGGGUGUAGUCUCACCUCUCCUCGUACUCCUUCUCCUUCAUUCCUUCAUUGUUGUCCUUAGUUUUCUCUCCCUCUGUUUUUUUAAUUUCCUUCAACUCAGCAGCAACAUGAUCUAAAGAGAGUCAUUAGGGUUCCAUGUGUGGAGCUGACCCUCUCAGAGCUCCAGGAAAUGGCCACGAGGCAACAACAACAGAUAGAGACUCAGCAGCAGAUGUUGCUUGCCAAGGAGCACAGGCUGAGACAUCUUCAACAGGGGGGCAGAGCUAGUCAGGACCAGACACAGGCUGAGGCUGAGAAGCUGCAGCGACUGAAGGAGCGGGUCGAGACUCAGGAAGCCAAGCUGAAGAAGAUCCGAGCCAUGAGAGGACAAGUGGACUACAGCAAACUCAUCAAUAGCAAUCUUUCUGCAGAGAUCGACCAUGUCAGCAACCUGUUUCAGGAGAAGCAGGCAGAGCUGCAGUCCGCGGUCAUUAGAGUUGACCAGUUGACUCAACAGCUGGAGGAUUUGAGAAAAGGACAACUCCAGCUGCACUCGUUCAGCCCAGGUCAUGGUGUCACUGCUGGUCAAAAAGUAUCAUCCCUGUCCGGCCCUGCAGCACUGGAACUGAGGAAGCUCUAUCAGGAGCUGCAGGCUCGUAAUCGCCACAACCUGGAGCAGAGCAGCAGGCUGGCCCAGAACAAGGAGCUGCUGAAUAAGAGGAACGCCCAGGUGACAGUGAUGGAUCAGCGCAUUGGAGAACUGAGAGAACGGCUGCACAAGAAGAAAGCUGAAUUGAGCCACAUGAAUGGCGGCGGUGUGUCCUCCUCACAGAGCUCCUCCUACCUGAGUGGUGGAGUUCUGGGGCGCGUAGCAGCUGUCUGUCCCUACAUUCAAGUUCCAGCUGAGGGGAGAAAAGAGACGGGCUACCCGCUGCCAGCUGACCCACCCACCAAACCCACCCCUCUCAGCCACACCCGCUCCCUCUCAGCAAAUGAAGCUUCGUGGUCUGACUGGAGGACCAACACUCCAGAACAGCCUGUCUCCACUUAUGGGACCUACCCCAGUGCCAACCACCAGGCAGCAGGGCAUCACAGUGCCUCCAGCUCGUUGCCCCGCUCCGCCCCUGGUACACUGGGCUGGCCUCGAUCCAACAAAAGCACAUCCAGCUCCUCCUCUCUGUCCUCACAGCAGAUACAGCAGCGGAUCUCUGUCCCUCCAAACUCAAGCCAAGCCUCGGCCACCACCUCUCAGCCGUCUCCACUGUCCCAACAAGUGGAGCGAACUGAUCUCCCUCCGGCAGUGGCAGUUCGUCCUUAUGUCCCUGACCAUCCGUCCAGACCCCAGUCCCCCAGAAAAGGUCCAGCCACCAUGAACAGCAGCUCCAUUUACAGCAUGUACCUGCAGCAGUCACAGGCCAAAAACUACGGCUCUCUCAGCAACAGGGCAACAGUCAAAGCAGUCUACGGCAAACCUAUUCUCCCCGUGUCGUCCGCCUCUCCGUCCCCUGUUCCUUUCCUCCAUGGAGGAGGAGGAUGUCUGAGAGCAGGAGGAGAGGACGUUAUGGAUAAAGAUGGUGGAAAAGGAGGAGAUGAGAGCGGCGAGAAGCAAACGAUCCCUCCGCCAAUCGUAGGCAACAUCCCCCGUCCCCUCAGUCCCACGAAACUCACCCCAGUUGCGCACUCACAGCUACGUUACCAGAGCGACGCAGACAUGGAGGUUCUUCGCCGACGCCUAAGUAACGCUCCGCGACCGCUGAAGAAACGGAGUUCAAUCACAGAACCCGAGGGCCCCCAGGGGCCAAACAUUCAAAAACUGUUGUAUCAGAGAUUCAACACUCUGGCAGGAGGCAUGGAAUCAGGCUCAGGCAACACUUUUUACCAACCUGACAGCCUGUUGGGAGACGUAGACAACGCUCAGGCAGCCAAUGGGAGUGGAGAAGGUGAUGACAAGCACAUCAGCAUGGCCGCUGCAGGGGUCAAAGUUCAGACCCCGAAUACGGACUCCCGAAGCUCCUCCCCUCCUUCUGGUGACAAAGAACCUUCCAAAGAAACUAUGGAAGUGAAGUCGUUCGUCUCUUCGUCGUCUCAGUCCAGUCCAACUGCUGCACUGAGGCAGGAGGAUCAGAACAACAACAACCAGAAAGGAUCGAGUCCUGCUCGCAACACGGCUGACCACGCUGCUGCGUCACCAGCUCCUGCACCGCCGGCACAGCCUAAGGUAAAGCGAACUAACCUGAAGAAGCCAUCGUCGGAGAGGACAGGCCACGGUCUCCGAGUCAAGUUUAACCCCCUGGCUCUACUGCUGGACGCUGCAUUAGAGGGAGAGUUUGAUCUGGUACAGAGAAUUAUCUACGAGGUGGAGAAUCCAAGUCAGCCCAACGACGAAGGCAUAACUCCUCUUCACAAUGCCGUCUGUGCUGGACACCAUCACACUGUCAAGUUCUUACUGGACUUUGGAGUCAACGUUAAUGCAGCUGACAGUGAUGGAUGGACUCCUCUCCACUGUGCGGCUUCCUGUAACAGCGUCCACCUCUGUAAGAUGCUGGUGGAGUCGGGGGCAGCCAUUUUUGCUACAACAAUCAGUGACGUGGAAACAGCAGCAGACAAAUGUGAAGAAAUGGAGGACGGCUACACUCAGUGUUCUCAGUUCCUCUACGGUGUACAGGAAAAGUUGGGGGUGAUGAACAAAGGUCUGGUCUAUGCUCUGUGGGACUACACAGCCAAGGAGGCUGAUGAGCUGUCCUUCAGUGAAGGAAACGCUCUCACUAUCAUCCGCCGGCACGAUGAGACGGAGACGGACUGGUGGUGGGCACGACUCAACGACAAGGAGGGAUACGUACCCAGGAACCUGCUGGGGCUGUAUCCGAGAAUCAAACCCAGGCAACGAUCCCUGGCGUGAGGCCCAGCUCCGGUGCCACGUGCACCGCACCAGGCAUGUGCGUACACUCAGCAGAACGAGGGCAGAGGCAACGGGGGAACAAGAUCAGUGAAUGAAGGAGGAGACGAGACGAGGGUCCGAGCUGUGCUGGAAGUGUUUGUUUGUUUGUUUGUUUGUUUUUUAAAACAUAGAGCUGGAACAACAGACGUGUUCUGUGAAAGAGUGAUGAACUGAUACAGUGCAUAGCGUAUAUCAACAGAUUUGCUGCAGCAUUAGGGGAAAUUCCCUGUCUGUUUUUGGAGAGCCACAUCAGCUCAACAGCUUCAUCACAACUCAGCUGCAUGUCAGAGGCUGAACAAGGAAUGAUGCAGCUUCAAAGUGCACCUCAGUUAUCACACCACGAGCUCUGUGUUCAAAUGUUCGUUAUAAUGACACUGCUCAAGAAUGUCUUUUUUUAUUUGACAAUCUUCACAAACCUUUUUCUUUUGAUGUCUUUCAAAAGUACAGAGAGAGUUAGUGAAGUUGACCAGAGGCAGGUGAGGCGGCGGGACGUGGGAGAAAAGCUAAACGCGGCGUGAUGUGACAUAACAUAUCGCAGCAGAUGAAAGUGCACGUGAGGGAUGUGAAAGUGAAGCUGGAGAGAGGGAAGUCAGAAAGAAGGAACAGAUGAGAGUGUGUCAGGCCAUUAGGAAAGACUGAAGAAAAUGUUUCCGCACAGUCAUGUCAACCACACGCACCAGCAUUUACAGCAAGGUUCAAGAACAUGCUGAUAGCUGAUAGAUUAUCUGCUUCUGUUUCCAGAAACCACUUUUUAAAAAGCAUCUGAAAAACCGUUGCUGCUGACUCAGCUUUCGAAUAUUUAGCAUUUUUCCUGACUCAGCGCUUGUGAGUGCUGGCACAUCAACAUCUGUUCACUUGGGGGGAAAAUAAGAGGAGAAAAAAAAGAAAAAACAGGGUAAGAGAAUGGAUGGAAAAAAGGAAUUCAGAAAUCAGAAAGUGUAGGAAAUGUAUGACAUAAAAAAGUAGCUGCUAAUCCUGUGACUAUUUUUUUAAGAUUGAUUCAUUAAUGUUAAGGAACCUCAGCCAGUAUUUAUGUCCACAAAGAAAACGUUUGUGGGCUUCAUUCACUCUGCAUGGUCUUCACCCUGUGUGUAGUCAGGCUCUGAGACUAGCAGUCAGAUAAGUUGGAUGUUAUACAUCAUCAUCAGUGUAAAAACGUCAGUCGGCUUCGCUGCCUGUCUCUUAGCUUUGCCCCAGCCCUUAUAAAUCCACAACUAAUGAACUAACGACCGAAAUAUUCAAAUUAAAAGCUAACAAAAGGCUUCUAAUUUGUGAACGCAAAGUUUUCAUUUUUUAAAAAAUAUUUUUUAUCAUGUUGACACGUUUCAGAUAUUAAUUGAAUCGUAUGUUUUAAGCGAAUUCUCUGCAUUUUAUUUUGUUUUAUUUCGAGCGAACAUGAUCCAAUUAGAAUUAUUAAUACCACCGCUGGAUUUCUCACUGCUGCCACCCAGUGGACAGAAAUGUUUGUUACAACAGGAAGACAUUGUUUUCUUUAACUCGAUGCUAUGUAAAAUAUGAAGCAAUAAAACGGGUGACAUUUAAUGUGUUUGUAAUCAUUCCAACCACGCUGUACGGUAUGUUGUGUGGUUUCACAGCUCCUCUCUCACGCUCU